AUGUUUAAGUGUGACUGCUGCCCCCGUCAAUUCAACUCUCAACAUGCAGUAAACCAGCACAUGGACGCGCUAGGUCACCGGCUGCCACGAUUUAACUGCGAAACAUGUGACAAGGCGUUCUUCUCACAGCACGCUGCGAACCAGCAUAUGAACGAUACAGGCUACUGGGGACCACGAGUUGAGGGUAACAGUGGCCCAUCUUUCUCCUCUGCACAGGCCUGGUAUAAACAGGGCUGGGUUGGAAAGGAUGACUCUGGGCAGAGCACCUCAUCUGGGCUGUUUGGGAACGGACGACAGAGCACCCCUAGAGGGGGCCUGUUCUCUUCCUCUAGGACCCUCUCUGACCAGAGCCCCUCCUCUGGCCUGUUUGGCCAGGGCUAUUCCUCCGGACAAGGACUCUUUGGACAGGGCCCUUCCUCUUUUACUGGGGGCCUGUUUGGACAAAGCACCUUCUCUGGACAGAGAACUGCUGCACUACGUCUCUUUGGACAGAACCUCGCCACUGCACCAGGCCUCUUUGGACAGAGCACCACUGGACAGGGCUCCUCCUCUGGACAGGGGAUCUUUGGUGGACGGAACCCCGUUACUGCACAGUCCCUCUUUGGACAGAACCCCGUUACUACACAGGACUUCUCAUCAGGGUCGCGCUUCUGCUGUGAGACUUGUAAUAUGGAGUUCUGGUCUCAGAAUGACGCAGACCUGCAUCGCGAAGGGUUUAGGCACAAGAAACCCUCAAUGAUCGACGACAUUGAGCGCGUCCAAGAACUGGUUGCCUACUUGAACCGCGGUGAAGCUAGGGUUCUCUUCCAUGGGACUCAGAGAGCCCGCCAUGUCGGUGAUCCCAAUUACGCUUUGAGAGUCUGUAACAAUACUGAAUGCCGUCUCUGCGGCAUUCUAAGGGACGGGUUCAAGCUAGACUGGGCCAAAUCAACUUGCAUGUUUGGUCCUGGAAUAUAUACAACCGAUGUGUCUUCCAAGGCUGACAACUGGGUCAUGAACCACCACAUGCACUCGAAGCUGCAUGUCAUGCUGCUAUGUGCGGUCUCUGUUGGAAAGUCUGAGAAAUUAUACCGUGCAGACCAUGGGAGAAAAGGCCCAAGCACUGGAUAUCAGUCUGUUGAAGGGGCUGUGAUUGCGGAAGGGGGAGUCCUUCACGAGCCCGAGAUUGUUCUGUAUUCUGAGAACCUAGUUGUGCCUUUUGGGAUGAUUGUGUAUACUAGAGAGGGGUGGCAACCCUUUUAA